UGAAAUAUAUUAACAAGCCUCCUCCUGUUUCACAUACAAGUACGUCAAAGGCUCUCACGCACACAUACUUAUACACAUGUUUUCUACUUUUAGGCCCUCAAUGCCGUCACUGAGGCAUUACAAGGGCGAUCUGCGGCGCGACUUUUUUGGCGAUGUUGCAGGACUAAUUGGAGUGCACGGACCCAAGUGGGAGGACUUUCGCCAAGAAGUUCAACACAUUUUGCUGCAGCCACAAACCGCAAAAAAGUUUAUACCUCCGUUGAAUGACAUUGCCAGUGAAUUUAUGGGACGCAUAGAUGCGCUACGCGACGAAAAUGACGAACUGCCCGGCAACUUUUUGCACGAACUCUAUAAAUGGGCUCUGGAAUCUGUUGGUCGCGUCUCGUUGGACACACGCCUGGGCUGCCUGUCACCUGAGGGCAGCGAGGAGGCCCAGCAAAUUAUUGAGGCCAUCAACACGUUUUUCUGGGCUGUGCCAGAGCUCGAGCUUCGGAUGCCGCUGUGGCGCAUUUAUCCCACAAAGGCAUAUCGCAGUUUUGUGCGAGCCUUGGACCAGUUCACGGCCAUUUGCAUGAAAAACAUUAGCCUGACCAUGGACAAGGCAGAUGCGGCAUCGGAGCAACCUAAAAGCGAGGCAGACAUUUCGAUUGUGGAGCGCAUUGUGCGCAAAACAGGCAAUAGAAAACUGGCAGCUGUGUUGGCCUUGGAUUUGUUUCUGGUGGGCGUCGACACGACUUCAGUAGCCGCCUCAUCGACCAUCUAUCAGCUGGCUAAGAAUCCCGAGAAACAGAAACUACUGUUUGAGGAAUUGCAGCACAUCUUUCCCACACCUGACGCCCAAAUCAAUCAACAUGUACUGGAGCAAAUGCCCUAUUUGCGAGCAUGUGUUAAGGAAACGCUUCGAAUGCGCCCUGUUGUCAUUGCCAAUGGACGCAGCUUGCAAAAGGAUGCAGUUAUAAAUGGCUAUCAUGUGCCGAAGGGCACGCACGUCAUAUUUCCGCAUUUGGUUGUCUCCAAUGAUCCAACAUAUUUCCCAGAGCCCAAGCGAUUUUUGCCCGAGCGUUGGAUAAAAGAGAAUGCGACAGGAAACUCUACGUCGUCGUCAGUGGCCGCCUGUCCACAUGCUGGCCAAAAGAUUCAUCCGUUUGUCAGUUUGCCCUUCGGCUUUGGCCGUCGUAUGUGCGUGGGAAGGCGCUUUGCGGAAAUCGAAUUGCACACUCUACUUGCCAAGAUCUUUCGCAAAUACGAAGUGUCUUAUAGCUCUGAUGAAUUCGUGUACAGAGUGAACUCCACCUACAUACCGAAGUCACCGCUGAAUUUCAAAUUAACCCCCAGGGAUAAAUAAGGCUAUAAAGCUUGGAUUUUGUGCGACAGCGCGGAUGUGUGAUAUUUUAAGUUGCUCUUUUCCGCUUACUCCAUGGUCUACUUGCUAACUCGUUGCGCUUGCGGAAGUUUUUGUUGAAAGAAAUAGUAUGCGCACCGUUAAUUAUUGAGCAAACAGUGUACGGAUACAUUAAGUAGAAUAUGUAUAUAGGAAUAGUUCUUGCGGCUUUGGCUGCUUCUUGCUUGCGUGCUUUAUUGCAAUGUUUU